CCCGCCCCUCCGGCCGCCUCUGCCGCCGCGCGCCGCAGCAGCGCCGCCUUCCCUGCGCAGUCGGUGUCUCGGCGUGGCUGGGUGGGACUUGGCUCAGUGGCCAUGGGCAAGCAGAACAGCAAGCUGCGGCCCGAGAUGCUGCAGGACCUGCGGGAGAACACGGAGUUUUCGGAGCUGGAGCUGCAGGAAUGGUACAAGGGUUUCCUCAAGGACUGUCCCACGGGCAUCCUCAACGUGGACGAGUUCAAGAAGAUCUAUGCCAACUUCUUCCCCUAUGGCGACGCCUCCAAGUUCGCCGAGCACGUCUUCCGCACCUUUGACACCAACAGCGAUGGCACGAUCGACUUCCGGGAGUUCAUCAUCGCGCUCAGCGUGACCUCACGUGGCCGCCUGGAGCAGAAGCUCAUGUGGGCCUUCAGCAUGUACGACCUGGACGGCAACGGCUACAUCAGCCGCGAGGAGAUGCUGGAGAUUGUGCAGGCCAUUUACAAGAUGGUUUCGUCUGUGAUGAAGAUGCCUGAGGACGAGUCGACCCCGGAGAAGAGGACCGAGAAGAUCUUCCGCCAGAUGGACACGAACAACGAUGGCAAGCUUUCCCUGGAGGAGUUCAUCCGCGGGGCCAAGAGCGACCCGUCCAUCGUGCGCCUGCUGCAGUGCGACCCGAGCAGCGCCUCCCAGUUCUGAGAGCCGGCAGCCCGAGUCCCCUGCUUCCUGCAUUCCCGGCUUCCUUCUCCUUGUGUCUGUCCAGGCGCUAGACGGGGGGCUAGACGCAGAAUGGGGUCUGCAGGCCUGCCGUGGGGCCGGGGGGGGGGGGAGCUCUGGCAGAGGGAGUUCUGCAGCCCCCUUCCCGGGGUCCAAGCAUCAGAAAGAGAGAGG